UUUUGAUAUUUGAACCAAAUCCACCGUGUUUACCUGCAAUCAGAAAUGCGUGAUCUAUGAUAAAGUAAUGAAGCUUCCUUCUCUCUCUGUCUCUAGCAUUGUCUUCGUCUCUCUCUCUCUCUCUCUCUCUCUCUCUCUCUCUAUCGUUGUACAGUUUACCGUUGUACAGUUUAUCUAUGAUAAAUUAAUGAAGCUUCCAUCCAAUUCCCAUUUUUAGGGUUGUUAAAAUCACAAUCUCUGCUGUGAAUUCAUUCAUGUUUAAUAAUACCACCUCAUUUCAUGACCCUAUUCUUCAAAUUAGGGUUCUCAAGUUUCCCACAGUAAAUGAUUUUUUUGCAAUCAACUCUUCCCACCACCUCUGACUCUUCCCGUAUUCUUCUUCACCUUUCGCCAUCUCUCUGCCCAUGUAAGCUCGAUCAUCAUGGACUCCCACUCAAUCGAAGAAUUUUUCCAAUUAGAAAAUUUCACAACAAUUCUCGCCCAAGAUGGCUUCUUCGAGCUUGUAUGCUUCCAACUGAUGGUGGAAACCACAAUCUCAGCAUCGAAAUCCCCAAUUCCGCAAGGAGGGGAGCCAAAUUUUACGUAGUCAAACGAUUUGCAGAUGAAUUGGAUGGUAAUGGCAAAUUGCAAUUACCUCAAGACUCAAUUCAUGUGGGUAUGGGUUCAAAUUUUACUAGCUUUCAAGAAGACCCAAUUGUAGAUAAGCUAAGGACUCAAUUAGGGGUUAUUCAUCCUCUUCCUUCGCCGCCGAUUAAUCGGACUAUUGUUGGCUUGUUUGUGUUUUUUUUCUUUGUUGGGGUCGCUUCGGAUAAACUCUGGACAUCAAGGAAGAGGAAUAAACUUGGGGGUGACGGUAGACCAGGUACUUGGCCUCAGGUGCCCACAAGUUUUUCUUUGUUUUUUGAGAAGGAUUUGCAGAGGAAAGAGUCUGUGGAAUGGGUAAACAUGGUUUUGGGGAAGUUGUGGAAGGUUUAUAGAGGUGGAAUUGAGAACUGGCUUAUUGGGUUGCUUCAGCCAGUUAUUGAUAAUCUGAAGAAGCCUGAUUAUGUGCAGAGAGUUGAAAUAAAGCAGUUCUCAUUAGGGGAUGAGCCAUUGUCUGUUAGGAAUGUUGAGCGCAGAACUUCGCGCCGGGUCAAUGAUUUGCAGUAUGUUAUUUCUAGAAUUUCUAGUAUUUUUUUCUUCCUAUGUUGUUUUCUGAUUAUUCAGCUCUUGUUUGUGCCUUACCUGUUAAUAUUGUGCUUUUGCGUUUGGAUUGACUGGAGAAACUUAGAAUUUGGAUGUUUUUUUACAUUCUUGUUGGGCCACUCGUUUGGGCAUUCUUCUCUAGAACACUCCAGCACUAUGCAUUAUGUUUAAAAUUUAUUGACCACACUGGAGUGGGUGUUAUACCCGCUUGUCUA